ACCCAGCAGUCUUACAGGUACAAAACAUCAAGAGUGCUAGACUUAAAUACAUUGAAUUUCCUGUCCCUGGAAGAGAACUGUAUUUAGGAAAGAAUCCAUUAAAUCAGAGAAAUUUGUAACAGAAGGAAAGAAUUUUGGAGCAGAGCAAGCGGGUGGGCAAUAGGGGGACAGGCGGGGUUAAAAGAAAGGAAUCUGCAUUUCAUAAGGGCGUCGGCCAAUCAAAUUGCACCAGGGCGUGGUUAUGGUGAUUGGAGCUUUCGCAGGGAGCAUGCGUCCAUGAGCGGGUAACAAAGCAGAUUGGCAGUCACAUUAUUUGCUGCUAGCCACUAGAUCAGGGCACAUCGGCUGGAAAGCUUUGAAGCUGGAUUGUGCUAUCUGACAUCGUCGCAGGCUCUGAGUGACGCGCGCAGUCGCUGGCUGCUGCACAUACAAAAUCGUGGAAUUUGACAUCACAUCGGCUCUGUGACUGUGCGUGUCCUUCAUCUGCCCAGAGAGCCUGGACAUCUGCAACCAUCUCUAACUUGAUCUUAUAUCACUGGUGUUCUUCAACAUUUGGAUGCCCAGAAAAUACCACCCUGCCGCUCCCACCGCCACUCGCUGCAGCGCCUGAAAUGAACAAACUGCGUCAGAGCCUGCGGAGAAAGAAGCAGACGUAUGUCCCUGAGGCCAGUAGGCCGCACCAGUGGGGGGCAGAUGAGGAGGCUGUAAGAAGGGGGAAAUGCAGCUUUCCUGUGCGGUACCUUGGACAUGUGGAAGUGGAGGAGUCAAGAGGGAUGCACGUGUGCGAAGAUGCAGUGAAGAAGCUGAAAACACUUGGAAAGAAGUCUGUGAAAGCCAUCCUCUGGGUUUCUGCUGAUGGGCUGCGUGUUGUGGAUGAUAAAACGAAGGACCUGAUAGUGGAUCAGACCAUUGAGAAAGUAUCAUUUUGUGCUCCUGAUCGCAACUUUGACAAGGCCUUUUCUUACAUUUGUCGGGAUGGAACAACCCGUCGCUGGAUCUGUCACUGCUUCCUGGCCUUGAAGGAUUCCGGAGAGCGUCUGAGCCAUGCUGUUGGCUGUGCUUUUGCCGCUUGCCUGGAAAGAAAACAGAAGAGGGAAAAGGAGUGUGGGGUCACAGCUUCAUUUGAUGCCAGUCGAACCAGUUUUGCUCGCGAGGGAUCAUUCCGUGUCACAUCUGCCUCCCAGCAGGCAGAACGUGAAGAAGUAAUGAGGCAACUUCAAGAUAAAAAGAAGGCUGAAGCUGCUCCAUCCCUUUGCUCCAGUAUAGCAACCGUGGGAGCACCAUCAAAUCCUGUACUGCCAGCACAGCCUGACCAGUCACCACCCCAGUGUGCCACUGUCCCAUCAGACAAGAGUGAGGCUGGUGGGCAGCAUGCCAUACCCCGCAGACAUGCUCCCCUGGAACAGCUCGUGAGACAGGGGUCCUUUCGUGGUUUCCCUGCCCUGAGCCAAAAAAACUCACCUUUUAAACGGCAGCUUUCACUGAGACUCAAUGAGCUCCCGUCCACCCUUCAACGUAAAACCAAUUUCCAGGACAAGAGUCAAGCCAUUGAAAUGGAGUCUUCAAUGCAUCAAGAAUAUGAUGGAAUCAAUGAUCUGUGCAACCAAAUCAACAGCUCCUUCACAAACAAGCCAUCUGAGGAUCCCUUUGCAAAUAGCAACGGGACUAGAACACCCAGCAUGCUUCCAGCUGUCUCCUUGCCACCACAAACAGUGCAAGGGAUCUCAGGGUGGGCAGAACAAACCGGUACAUCAGCAUCUACUUCAGGCUUCCAAAUGGGGCAUCGCCGAACCCCCUCUGAAGCAGAGCGCUGGCUUGAGGAGGUUGCAAAGGCAGCUAAGGCUCAACAGCAACAACCUCCCCCUCAGCCUAUGGUGGCAGUUCCAAUGCCUGUGCCGGCUGCCAUUCAGGCAUACUCUGUACCUUAUGAUGCUGCAACUGCUCCUGUUGGCAUGUUUAUCACACCUCAUAUGCAGCCUGCUUAUGUACCUGUAGCUGGUUAUAAUCCUGCUAUGUCCUACCCUGCACCAAGUGUCCCUGUGGUGGGGAUUACUCCAUCUCAGAUGGUAGCCAAUGUUUUCUGCUCUGCUACCCAAGUACCAUCUUCUAACCUAGCAAGUAAGUCCAACCCAUUCCCACAGAGCAUCUUGCAAACAUCAAAUGCCUCAGCCCAGUCUAGCCAGUUGGGACCCAAGCCAAAUGGCACAGCUAAUGGUACAUCAUGGCCCCCAGAUCCAAACCAACUGAGGCUAGCAUCUACUGCACAGGAAGUGGACCAGUUCGAAGCUCAGUGGGCAGCACUGGAGUCCAAAUCUCAACAGCGAUUGGCCAAUCCUUUUUCAAAUGAACUACAAAAGACUUUUCAAAUAGAAUUGUAGCCAACAUAUCAUCCCAGCAUGAUGUAAGGUCAAGAGUAACUGCCAGAACAUGCCUGCCCAGCAAGAGUCUGCCAACAGGACUAUUCAUACUCAGGCAUUCAUCCAAUACAUAUUUAGCAAGUCUGCUGGAUGCCAAAUUAUAAACCAUAGGGUGGUAUAUGUGACUUUAGAGCAAAUGGAGACACAACAAUAUCAGCCCCAAUGUUCUGUUCUGAUGAUUAUAUCAAACUCACAAUGGAUAUGGAAUCUGGUAGAUACUCUUAAAACAUACCAAGAGCAAAAAUAAUCCAAUUUGUUUGUAAUAUAUGUGCUGAGUAGAGGGAAUUUUGAUGGACAAGUUUGUGAGGGUCUUCUAAAAAGCUGCUUUUUCAUGGAAGAAGUAUUUAGACUUUUGAAUUUGAAUGUGAGGGCAUGAUUAAUCUGGCAUGCAUUUAAUGGAGGCUAGUAGUAUGUUGGGUGGAGGUCUGAGGUAUGUGAUUAUGGGGAGGUGACGCAGCAGUUGAAUGACUGGAUAUAGGAAAGUAUUCUUGAUAUGGGUUUGGAUGAAGACAUGAAGGUCUUCAUUCUAUUAAUUACUGCAUUACAUAGGUUGCUACAUCCAUAUUUGUUUGUGAACAUUCUAUGAAGAUUCUCAUUUAUGCAGGUCGUGAUAUACAGUAUCUAGUAGAUUUACGUGAAAGGCAUAGCCUAGAUACUGUGUAUUUGGCCCUCAUGUUUCACUAUCCAAUGUUUCGUAUUAAUAUUUAUCAGACUCUACAUCUUCAAUCUGCAUGUGGAAAAGUAGUGGCAUUAGGUAUGUAUCCCUUAUGAAAAGAAGGCACGGAGAGUGUUGUGCCCCAGCUGAAUCUGUUGUGCCAUACAUCUUCCUGUCAAGUCACGACAAACAUUAUCCAACACAGGGGGGUAAAGUACUUGCUGUGCUCUAAAUUCCUCAAAGGCCCACACAAGACCACAAUUUUUAUAGUUUUCUUUUUUAUAUACGUUAUUGUAAGUUAAAUGCCAAAUGUAUUCUAUAUUUAAUAUAUAUUUUUUUGUUAGCUUAAUUGUGUUAUUAAAAAUUAUUUUUUUUUGGAAUGUAAAACUGACCAAAUAGGGAAGAACUAAUGAAUGGAUUGGAAUGACUAAUCUCGAACAGGGUUUUAUUAAAUGGUUAGCACUUGACCCAGCUGUAGGACUGUAAGGAAAAGGAAGAAAAUCAGUUGGGACUGAAAAUGUUGAUUUUUUUUCCCCAAAUGAAAAUGCAUAUAGUAAGCAGAGUAUUAUCUGGAGAACAAUUUUAUACAAUAGUGCAAUAUAUCGUAUUGCAUCUCUAUAGAGGACAAAGGAUUUCUUCCUAAACUGGUUUGUUUUACCUCUGCCCCUAUUCUUUUGGAUACAGCAAGAUGCUGAGUCACACACAGACCAAGUGCUGUAAAUAGGGGACAUUUUUAAAAUUGGACCUAAAUGGAGCUUGUAAGGGUGUUUGGAACCAGUGGAGUAACUAGUCCAUUACUGGGCCCCACAUUAAAAAAAAUUUCAUGCCCCCAAAAUAUCUAGAUAUUGAACUGUGUUAACAAUAUUUAUUGAAAUUGUAUAUGAAUUAGAGCCUCAAGGGGCCACUUUCUGGGCAUCCCCUGCAGCCAUAGGGCCUGCUUACUCUAUAGAUGCCACUGCUUGGAACAUAGAUCCCAGUAAUGUACUCUACAAAAUGUAAGUGUAGGUAACUAUCUCAUGCAGCACCACCAAAUUUCAUAGCACCCUCCAUUCACUCUGUGUUUUGGAACGAGUACAAAAUGUAUAAUAUCCACAGCAUUCCUUUUGCCCUUAAGCCUUAUUUCAGGGGCAUGCAUUGUGAAACAACAUUAUGAGCAACAUGGAUGUUUACAGAGCAUUAUUGUGGGAUACUGUACAGGAUAUUCUAUUGUAUAGCCCUGUGUAAUAUGUUGGCACUUUAUGAGAACAUGGUAAUAAUAAUAACAAUAUCUGCAGAUUUCUGCAGCUCAGAUACAAAUGAUAUUAGGAGCUGCUGUUCACAAGUUAAGCAGGCCCACUGUGGUAACUUCAAAUCUGCAGGAAAAUAUGGACCAUCUACCAUUACUGGACAUAGGGAUAGACACUGUUUAUAAUAUAUAUUCUGAUCCAUUAGCUCAGUUUUAGCUGCUGACCCCUACAAUCAAACUAUAACAAAAAAAUAUACUAGUGGGCUAAAGAAGAAACUAGUCAUGGAGUUCCAGUUAGAUUUUAUUUGGAGCAUCUCCAGAAAUCUGUUCCCUGGCAAGGAAAACGAUGCUGCAGAUGAGCUGCUCUCCUUUUAGGCUCCAUCUGCGCAGAUAAUUAAGCAUGUGCUCUCUGUGUAAAUGUGUACAUAUAAGUCAAUGACUCAGGUGUAUGUUUUAAAGUGUAAAAUACCUACAUAUAGUGUUAACUCAGAAAUGUUGCUUGUGAUAAAAAAAAAAAAUAUCUACACAGUAGCUUAUGGAAUCCUGUAUACAGUGACAGUCUAUUUAAAUGGGCGUGCUUACAUGAUUAAGUAUACAUUUACUUGCAGUUAUAGAUAUAUAAACAAGUACACAAUAGGUAUACAUUCUGUGUGUAUACAUUCAUUCUCCUUCAUAAAAUGCAAUGAUGCUAUACAUUUCAGUACCAAGCAUAAGCCACCUGUACAGGCCUCGGUUCUUUCAGUACAAUGAUAUUAGUUUUAAAUGGGACAUACCUGCUACAGAGAGCAUAUAGGACUAUAUUUACUGUCUGGUGAAAACUACUAAUCCUGUUUGUUAAGUUGCAGUUCCUUAGUAUUUGGGGUACCACUUACUAGCCAGACUGCCACAGAGCUAAGCAAUUCAAUUUCACUUAAGUUGAACAAACGUACCACUAUAUAAUUUUAUGCUACGUGUAUGUUGCCUGAAUGGUCCUGACCGAUAUCUACUGUAUGUACCGCAGAUAUCAUUAUCUCAGUCUGGCAGGUUUAAAAAUGUUAUCGGCUGAUGCACUGUGUGAGCCGGUGUAUAGAGAAUUGGCAACAAUGAGGAGCUUCAUUUUACUUCCUGCAGUUCUGAUUGUUCAGGCUGUUGGUCCAAUUGAAGGAAAGGUGGAGACAGGCCCCAGAGAAUAGCAAAUAGCCACACACAAUUCCAAUGGAAAGCACUGCUUUACCAAACUCUAUCACCAAGAACAACAAUUUGCCACAAUCCCCUACCACAUAGAAUAAGCCUGCAGGAACAGUUAUUAUGCUGGGUUUUUUUGGGAACCUUUCCAACCAAAACAAUGACAAGGUUUUACUAUUAAAAAAUACUGUAGUAAUAACUGCUGCAAUUUACCUCUCAAAUUUAUUUUGUUUUCCUUUUUUUUUUUAAUCUGCUGGGUUUUAAACUUGUUUUGUACAACAUUUUGUCCCCUCUAAAUUUAGGUUCCGAAGUGGUCUAGAGGAAGAAAUUUGUACUUUGCUUUCCAGAUUUUGUAUCUCUUAAAACAAACUCCUGUAUUUGUAUAAUAACAUUGUGAAAAAAGGUAAAUAAAUCAAAUAAAUAUAUAGAACCCG